AUGAUUAAUGUGGAAGCAUUGCCAAUUCACCUCAAAAGCCCCCCAAAACGAACAGAAAUAAAGCCUUCAAGUCAGCAUCUUUCACGGACACUUUCUAAAUGCCUUACUUCGGAGGAAGUGUCACAGUGGGCCCAGUCUUUUGAGAAGCUGAUGGCGACAAAAUAUGGGCCGGUAGUCUACGCGGCAUACCUGAAGCUGGAGCACAGCGACGAGAAUAUCCAAUUCUGGAUGGCCUGUGAGACCUACAAGAAAAUCGCCUCGCGAUGGAGCAGAAUUUCUCGGGCGAAGAAGCUUUACAAGAUCUACAUCCAGCCACAGUCCCCUAGAGAGAUUAACAUUGACAGUUCGACAAGAGAAACCAUCAUCAGGAAUAUUCAAGAACCCACUCCAACGUGCUUUGAAGAGGCUCAAAAAAUCGUGUAUACGCACAUGGAGAGAGACUCAUACCCCAGGUUUCUCAAGUCGGAGAUGUACCAGAAACUUCUGAAGACUAUUCAGCCCAAUGACAAUUCCUGACGACCACUCAGAAGCUUAAACUGCAGGCAGUCUAUUGAAAGU